CUCUCUCUCUCUCUCUCUCUCUCUCUCUCUCUCUCUCUCUCUCUCUCUCCCUCCCUCCCUCUCUCUCUCUCUGCUUUGACACGUCUGUGCUUCCCCUCCUGACCUAGCCUAGAAGGCUCAGCCCCUGGGAGAUGCUCUAAGAGACGCCUCCCCGAGAGCCCUGAGAGGCUGGAGGAUUUCAUUGCACAGCCGGCUCAGCUGGAAGGAGACUGGCCUUGAACACCACACAGUCUUCCCUGAUGACUCUAGGGGCCGACAUUUGGUGUCAUCUUGCCGGUACAGCAGAAAUUUCUGAACAUUGAACCAGGGAAGCCAGGGAUGGAUCCUUCCUGGUGCCCAUACUGUGCCUGGCACCCUGUGCUGUCCUCUGAUGAGAAGAUGGGCUCCUGUGCACAGGGAUUCAUGCUGGGAUGCUGCCUGCUGCUGGCCAUCACCUGGGGCCCCAUCCUGAGCCUUGUGCCACGAGUUCAGGAGGAACAACAGGAGUGGGAAGAGACAGAGGAGCUGCCAUCUCCUCUGGAUCCUGUGACAAGGCCUGAAGAAACACGAGAGAAGUAUAGCCCUCGCCAGGGUGAGGACCUCCCCACUUCUCGGUGCUACCGAUGCUGUGACCCCAGCACACCUGUAUACCAGACAAUUCCUCCACCCCAGAUCAACAUCACCAUCCUGAAAGGCGAGAAAGGUGACCGAGGGGAUCGAGGCCUCCAGGGGAAGUACGGCAAAAUAGGUUCUACAGGUCCCAGGGGCCAUGUUGGCCCCAAAGGGCAGAAGGGAUCCAUUGGAGCCCCUGGGAACCACUGCAAGAGCCAGUACGCAGCCUUCUCCGUGGGCCGGAAGAAGGCUUUGCACAGCAACGACUACUUCCAGCCCGUGGUCUUCGACACGGAGUUUGUGAACCUCUACAAACACUUCAAUAUGUUCACUGGGAAGUUCUACUGCUAUGUGCCGGGCAUCUACUUCUUCAGCCUCAACGUGCACACUUGGAACCAGAAGGAGACGUACCUGCACAUCAUGAAGAACGAGGAGGAGGUGGUGAUCCUGUAUGCGCAGGUGAGCGACCGCAGCAUCAUGCAGAGUCAGAGCCUGAUGAUGGAGCUGCGGGAGGAGGAUGAGGUCUGGGUGCGUCUCUUCAAGGGCGAGCGUGAGAACGCCAUUUUCAGUGACGAGUUCGACACCUACAUCACCUUCAGUGGCUACCUGGUCAAGCCAGCCUCUGAGCCCUAGUGGACACUCCUGUGGAGCUUUUGUGGACUGCUGACCUCCUUGCCUGGCACCCUGACCUAUCCCUGCAUUCUACAGACACUGGAGUCCUGCCCCGGGCUGACCCCAUUUUCUCUCUGCUCCAUCCUGGCUUCCUUGGCCUUGGCUUCCAAAGUUUUGGCUUUUGACAAGAUGCCCUUGGCCACUGGGAAUCCCAAAGGACGGUGCGAUCCCAGAUCUGGCUGCUACUCUAAGCAGAGAGCUGCCGGCAGAUGAAAUCAUUGGGCGGGGAGCCUGUGAGGAUAUUGGGGGGCCUCCAGCUCCUUCUGUGUACACAGCCUUAGACGACCCUGUGCUGUGUUGUCCCGUGGCCACAGGGUGUUCCAGAGCACAGCCCCUGUGUGUUCCCAUUCCUGGACACAAGUAAGCAAAUAUCAUGGGUUUCUUAGGAACGAAGUCAAGCAGAAAAGAGAAAGAAAGGUGGUGUUAGUUUUGGCUUUCCAGCCAGCUGGAGGGAGGGAUGGGGAGAGAGAGAGAGCGAGAGCUAUUUGUAUUGGGGAAACUGAGGCAUAGGAAAAACAUGAAUGGCAACAGAGUAGCUGCAGUUUGUGGGUUUGGAAACCACAUCUGACUUAACUCUAGAUCACAUAUGAGCUUUCCUGGGGACAGCAGGACUGACCUCCGAGCUCUGUUGACAUGCUAUAGCCUUGCCCAGGGGCUGGUCAAUCUUUCUGAGCCACACUAGUAAAAGGGUUGGGGGAGAACAGCAAGUGCCCCCUGUGGUUGGCUCUGGGCUGGUGGCAGCAUCCUGCUUGCCCCAACUCACAGGAUCCUGACAGCAGCUGGGAACCUCAGGGACUCCUGCAGCUUUCUCUGUAAGAAAUAAAGCUCCUACUAUGUCCCAGUACCUCUCUGCUCUGCUCCACUUCCCCAGUCACUCUGGACCCCAGGGUGGGAGGGCUCUCUUGCCUGUUGGGACAUCAGUUCCCCUUCCUCCUUCUUGGUGAAUUAACCAUGGAAGGACCAGGGCUCGGAUUUGGGUUCCCAAACUGCCCUUCACCAUCCCUAGUGCCCUGCUUCCUUCCCAGUUCAGCAUCCUGUCUGGGAACUUGAUACUUUAACCUGCUAGAGCGGAUGAGUCUGAUAGACCUGCCCAGCCCUGACACAGCCCUAGUCAGCUUAUGGACACGUGAGAGGGACUUCCUUUGAGACCCAGAGCUGGGGUAGAGCUAUAAAAAUCUACCUAUUCCCGGGUCAACCCCAAGUGGUAGAAGAGGACACAGGCUAUCCCGCCCCUAGCUCAGACUCAGGGAAGGCCUCAGGCCUGAUUCUCUGAUUGCAGAGAGCCUGUGUUCUUUCCCCAUCUCACCCCGUGUUGAUCCCCAGGGCCUGGGCCACUGGAUAUCUGCUUUGUGCCAACUAGGCCUUGCUUGCUGCUUCCUGGUGGCCCUUGGUUAGGAUCCCUCUCUUUUCCUUCUGGAGCUCAAUGUACGUAUAUGCCACCUCCGAAGGGGCUUCUGCUGGUCAGACUCUCCAAGCCACUUCCAUGGGUGUGCCUACAGCAGAGGCUGCUGCCUCCUGUGCUCUACCCUGCUCUUUCCAGAAAACAUUAAACUUGCCAUGGCGAUUCACAGCAAGCUGGCGUUUUUUGGUCUGCUCAUUGGAUAGAGUGCUCCUUCUUCCCUCCUCCCCAUCUAGAGUGCUCCUUCUUCCCUUUUCCCCAUCUAAAGUGCUCCUUCUUCUGUCCUUCCCAUCUAGAGUGCUCCUUCCCAUCUAGAGUGCUCCUUCCUUCUCCAAACCUAGAGUGCUCCUUCUUCCCUCCUCCCCAUCUAGAGUGCUCCUUCUUCCCUUUUCCCCAUCUAGAGUGCUCCUUCUUCUGUCCUCCCCAUCUAGAGUGCUCCUACCUCCUCCCCAUCUAGAGUGCUCCUUCUUCCCUUUUCUCCAACUAGAGUGCUCCUUCUUCCCUCCUCCACAUCUAGAUGCUCCUUCUUCCCUUUUCCCCAUCUAGAGUGUUCCUUCUUCUGUCCUCCCCAUCUAAAGUGCUCCUUCCUUCUCCAAACUUAGAGUGCUCCUUCUUCCCUCCUCCCCAUCUAGAAUGCUCCUUCUUCUCUUUUCCCCAUCUAGAGUGCUCCUUCUUCUGUCCUCCCCAUCUAGAGUGCUCCUUUCCAUCUAGAGUGUUCCUUCCUCCUCCCCAUCUAGAGUGCUCCUUCUUCCCUCCUCCCCGUCUAGCACCCACCCUUCUGCUUAUUAAUCCAAUGGAGUCCUCAACUUUAUACUCAGGGACCUGCCGGGGCUCUAAUUGUCGCAUUUCUACCAAGGACACGAGGAACUCCUGAUAUGGAGUAUCUAGAGCUGCCCAGUGUGUGUGGUCAGGCCUGGAGACUCCCAGGAGGUAGAGGCUUGUUCUUCUGCACUGGAGUGUGACCAACAGAGCAGGUAUCCCCUGGCCUGGCCUGAAGCCUGAGCUGAAUGACCAUCCUGGGGCUGUGUGUGUCAAAAAGGCCCAGAAACCAGGUAGCGGCACACAGACAAAUCUCUUCUCAUAGUUCUGGGAGUCAGAGUUCAAAAUCCAGCUGUGAGCAAGGCAGUGCUCAUAGCACUGGCUGGGAGACGCUGCUUCCUGCUGCCUGCAUCUCCAGACAUGCCUUGCCUGGAGGGAGGGAUCAUAUCUCUUCAGCCUUCCUGUCCUGACUCCACAUGACCUCCUUUCAAGGACACUUGGAACUGCAUUCAGGGUCUCCUUAAAUCCAGGACUCACUCUUUCCAGAUUCAACACAAGCACAUCGGCUAGAGAUCUGUGAAUGGACACACUGACAGGUGCCAGAGGCCAAGGUGUGUGUGUCUCUACUGGGGAUCGCAAUGAAGCUUGCUGUGACAACUCAUGGGUUUGGACACCUAACAGUCUCUCUUUGUCUCUGUGGUGAAGAGACAUUACUUCUUUUCAUUACUGGCCAAGAGGUCGGUAGCCACACGUUCCUUUCCACCUACCAGCAGUUGGCUUGGAAGCUGGAACCAGCAGCUUGGCAAACAGCUGGCCUUGUGCCUUUGCCUCAGCCUUGGGAUGGGACCAAAAUGCAGCAGGUGGACACAGGGCCCAGAGGCCUUGCAGUUGCCUGGAUGUGGCCCAGGGCUUUUCCCAAACGGACCUAAAAUGAAUGCACCAGCCUCACUCAAGGGCCACUGGCUGCCUGCCCUCCUGUCCUGUGGCACGUGUACACUCGACCCACAGCUGGCCCGGUCACCAUGGAGAAAAAGGUGCCCAAGUGAUCCCCAUGACAGAUCUCAUGUAGGCCAGGCUGAUCUUAAACUCACUCUAUGGUAAACCUGACCUUGAACUCCUGAUCCUCCUGACUCCACGUCCUGAAUGCUGGGAUUACAGGUGUGCCCCAAUAUGCCUGACCUUUUUAAAUGUUAGCAUAGAUUAAUUAUAGAUAAUAAAGAGUUUCCUUAUGACA